UCUCUGGUAUGAAAAUUCUCCUCCUCCUUCAGAAUAACCACCUCCUCUCACAAACCACCCCGUUACCUACUGGAGUUUGGCAUUUCUACAGUUGGUCAGUCACGGCUGGCAACGCGAAGCGGAUGAGGACUCUCCGUGGUUCAAACAUUUUUCUCCAACUACAGUGCGCGGUAUAAAGUUCAGAUAGCGAAGUAGAAACUUCAAAGCGGACUCGGAGUGGCCGGCUGACUAUGCCCCGGAGCCCCACGUCAAGUGAGGAUGAGAUGGCCCAGAGCUUUUCAGACUACUCCGAGGAAUCCGACUCCGACAGCUCCAAAGAGGAGACCAUCUACGAGACCAUAAGAGCCACCGCCGCCAGGCCAACCAGCCGAAUGGAGGACAUCCACACCAACUCCCUGGUCAUCCGCGUCAUCAUCCCUGACCUGCAGCAGACCAAAUGUAUGAGGUUCAACCCUGAUGCCACUGUGUGGGUUGCCAAGCAACGGAUCCUGUGCACAUUGAGUCAGAGCCUAAAGGACAUCCUGAACUAUGGCCUCUACCAGCCGGCGAGCAACGGCCGCGACGGCAAGUUCCUGGAUGAGGAACGCCUCCUCCGGGAGUAUCCCCAGCCAAUCAGCAAAGGGGUUCCAUCCCUGGAGUUCCGAUACAAGAGCAGAGUCUACAAACAACCGAAUGUGGAUGAGAAGCUGAUUGCCAAACUUCACACAAAGGCCAACUUGAGGAAGUUCAUGGACUUCAUCCAACACCAUCAGGUGGAGAAACUCUCAAAGAUGUUGGAAAGAGGCCUUGACCCCAACUACCAUGACCCCGAGACUGGGGAAACGCCCCUGACCUUCGCUGCUCACCUGGACAACAUGGUGGACAUCAUCAAAGUGCUGAGGAACGGCGGAGCUCAUCUGGACUUCCGGGCCAAAGACGGCAUGACAGCUCUUCACAAAGCUGCCCGCUCUAAGAACCAGGUCACCCUCACGACUCUGCUGGAGCUGGGCGCGUCUCCGGACUACAAGGACAGCCGCGGGCUGACGGCGCUCUACCACACGGCCAUGGUGGGGGGAGACCCCUACUGCUGCGAGCUGCUUCUUCACGAGCACGCCUCCGUCUGCUGCCAGGACGAGAAUGGCUGGCACGAAGUCCAUCAGGCUUGUCGACACGGACAUGUUCAACACCUGGAGCAUCUGUUGUUUUAUGGAGCGGACAUGAGCGCUCAGAACGCCUCAGGAAACACAGCUCUGCACAUCUGUGCUCUCUACAACCAGGACAACUGUGUGAGAGUGUUGCUUGUCCGGGGAGCCAACAAGGAGGUGAAAAACUUCAACAGCCAGACUCCUUUUCAGGUGGCCAUAAUUGCAGGGAACUUUGAGUUGGCUGAACUCAUUAAGAACCACAAAGAGACAGAUAUUGUGCCUUUUCGCUGUGACAACAACCUGAACAGCAGUGGCGUGGCCGCGGGCCCGGAUGCCCAUCCGCAGCGCAGCCUCUCGCCACAGCUGCUCCAGCAGAUGCAGAGGAACCCCAAUGGCACGGUGAGGACCAUGGGCAUGCAGCCGCUAGCUGGGCCCUCAAGAGCCAGAUCCCUCGGGCCAGCCGGGCUGGGAGAGGAGCAGCGCCGGCAGCAGCAGCCCAACAACACGCCACACGCCAGCAAGGAAAACCGCACCUCACUCCCCUCCUCACCACCAGAAAACCUUCCCAACACCAGUGUGGAUGGCCCUGGCUCCCGACGGAAGCUGUACAGCGCAGUUCCGGGCCGCCAUUUUGUGGUGGUGCACUCGUACCAGCCACAGGCUGAAGGCGAGAUCCCUCUGUACAAGAACGACAGGGUCAAAGUGAGCAGAACAGACCGUAGCGACAAGAAGAAGCUCUUCAGACACUACACAGUGGGCUCCUACGACAGCUUCGACGCCUCCAGGGCCUCCGCGUGUCGCUCCCGCCCGGGUGACGGCUCCGUUCGCAGCGGCUGA